CAGCAGGUCCUGUGAAGCAAUAGCCAGGGGCUGAAGCAAACCCCAGCCCACACCCUGGCAGGCAGCCAGGGAUGGGUGGGUCAGGAAGUUUCCUGGUUGGGCCUUUGCAUCAGGCUCAGGUUGAGCAUAAAGGAGGCUCCUGUGGGCUAGAGGGAGGCAGACAUGGGGACCAUGAAGACCCAAAGGGAUGGCCCCUCCCUGGGGCGGUGGUCACUGGUGCUGCUGCUGCUGGGCCUGGUGAUGCCUCUGGCCAUUGUUGCCCAGGUCCUCAGCUACCAGGAAGCUGUGCUUCGUGCUAUAGAGGGCAUCAACCAGCGGUCCUCGGAUGCCAACCUCUACCGCCUCCUGGACCUGGACCCGAGGCCCACAAUGGAUGGGGACCCAGACACCCCAAAGCCUGUGAGCUUCACAGUGAAGGAGACAGUGUGCCCCAGGACAACACAGAAGUCACCGGAGGAUUGUGACUUCAAGGAGGACGGGCUGGUGAAGCGGUGUGUGGGAACAGUGACCCUAAACCAGGCCAGGGACUCCUUUGACAUCAGUUGUGAUAAGGUCUCAGCUGCUUUAAGGAAUAAAAACCUCCCUGAGGGCCUGCGUCCUCUGCAUUGCCCUGCAUUCCCUAAACUCCCAGCUGAGGAGAUAGGUGGUCUCCUGGCAGCUGCAGUGCCUAUGUAAAACUGUGUUUUUGCAAUAAAAAAAAAAAAGCACUUGAUAGAGUUUGGACAAAACUUGCAGUGCAGAGAAAAAAAGUCAAGGUAACUAUGUGGUUUGGGUGGAUUCAUUGUGUGUGAGAAUGUAUAAUUGGUAUUAACAGUGUAUUACAUCUUUGAACCUUAAAUGCUCAUAAAAUGUUAGAGAAAAUUG